AUGGAGAUCAGUAUCACCAAGCCGAUCGAACAGCACAUUGAGGAAGUGGAGAAGGUGUAUAGCCUUAUUCUCCCUUAUACACUGUGUCCGUCAAGCCUCUUCAUCGAGAUCAUUCGCAUCAACUGCCUCCGUCAAGAGCUCAGCCUCUCGCCCAUCGUGGACCCGCAUCAGUACGCUCAAGAUGCACGCAGCAUUCUCUCUCGUAUCGAAUCCUUCGGCCCAAGCGAAUGGGUGCAGUCCAAGGAUCAGAAAGAUGACUGGCAGCCAAUCGCAUCGAUCUGGCAGUCUGCAAUCGCACUCUACUGCAUAAUGUCCUUGCAAGCUGUUGACAUCCUUCCUAGCGACACAGAGAUGGAUCUCAUGCGAAUGCGGCAUCGUGAUCGUCUGCUCAAAGAUUUGAAGGCUGCUACACCAUUAAAACAGUUAAAGAAGAUAUCAACAUUUCCACUGUGCGUACUUGGCGUGGAAGCAGGCUUUCACGUUCAGCAAAGUACUCAGAUCUGGAUUGAACGGCAUUUGGAGGAGCAUGCCCGCCUUCUUGGCAGCAACAGUCCGUUGAAGGCACGAGAAGUACUCAGACGAUACUGGCGGCGGAAGAAACCUGGUUGGAAUGAGUGCUUUGAUGAGCCGUAA